AUGAUGAUCAAGAGUUUCUUGUGGGCUGCAGCCGUGUCUGCUAUGCCUCUUAUUGAGAUGUCCCCCCGACAACUCCAUACGAUGGAACAUAACAAACCUUUGACAAUUCGAAAGAAUCCAUCUCUAGCGCCCCGAGCCAAUCGAAUCAUCCCCGUUGUGGUUGGCGGUCCCCAGGAUACUUUCGUUCCCAACAUGAUUCGAGCAGCCGUUGGUGAUGUGAUUCAGUUUCAGUUCAGCAAUGGAAACCAUACUGUUACACAAAGCUCUGAGGACUCUCCUUGUCAACCUCUUCAGGCAACACAGUCUGGUGUGAUACAUAGUGGCCACAUACCGUAUAUAGACGGGCAGACUACUGUUGGAACGUUCAAUGUUCCUCUUACCAGCACGGAUCCGGUCUGGAUUUAUUGUGCCACUGGGCCGCAUUGUCAGCUUGGCCAAGUCAUGGCCAUCAACCCUCCCAGUGAGGCAAACUUGGUCGAGUUCAACAGGAAGGCCAAUGGCGCUCUGGCUAAUAUUGAUGCUGGUGAUCCUACAGGUGGAACAGUCGGAGAGAUCCCUCUAGCUGAAGCUGCUUUCAUCCCCGCCCCUCCUGAGGAUGGCGCUCCUCCUGCACCUCCCGCUGAAAGCCCUCCUGCUCCCCCAGCUGACACUCCUGCUGUUGCUCCGACUCCUCCUGUAGUUGAGACUCCAGCUGCAGCUCCCCCUGCAGCCGAAGCUCCUGCCGAGAUUCCUGCUGCCCUUCCGGCUGAGGUUCCAGCUGCUGCACCUGAGGCGGUGUCCAUGGGAGAGCACUACUAG